AUGCCGAGUAUAGAGUUUGGACAACGAAACAACGGUGGAAUUACAUCUGAGACACAAAUGUUUCCAGAGUUUGAAUUUUUAGAAGGAAGCAAUCAAUUUGUUUCCGAUGAUCUUUUUCAAUCAUGGAGUUCUGAAUUAGGAAUACCUAUUAUGCCAGAAGGAGAUAUGAUAUUGGAUUAUGAUAAAACUACAAAUGAAGGAGUGAAAAAUAUUUUUGACUUAUGGACCCCCUUUAAAGAGAUUGACUUUAAUCAGACACAAAAUAACUCGGGAUUGGAGGAAAUAAACGAGACAAGAAAUGAAAUUAAAUUUGAACCUGAAAGUCCAACUGUACAAUUUCCAUUAUCACCCAGUAGCCUUAACCAUUCAGAAUCUAAUGAUUCAAAUAAGCAAGUGAAAUGUUCAAUGCAAGAAGUAUCUAAUUGUACAAUGCAAGAUAUAAAAGCAGAAUUUACUUUAGAGACACCAAUAAUUUCUUCUCCGCAAUGCACGUCUCCAUUAUCACAAUCACCUCAAUCACCUUUAAAUUCAUCAAGUGUAAUGCAACAAAUUAAAUUCAUGCCUGUUAGUAAAGAAGACACAGAGCCUCCAAAAUAUAUACUCGCAAAAGCGGAUUUUGCGAAGCAUGCUCAUAUCCAACCUAUAAAUAUUGCACAAAAUAUAAAAUAUGGCGAGCCUCAAAAUACUAUUUUUCUCCAAGACUUUGGUACAUUUGCACAGAAUGCAAAUUCACAGCAAAUAUUGUAUCCCUCAAAACUUCGGAUAUUACCAGCAAAUAAACAAAAUUCAUUGAAUAUCAACUCAACUGAUAAAACGGAAACUGCUACAUUUCAAUUACCACAGAAUGUAAAAAUAAUUAAUACUAUCAAAUCAAAUAUUUGUCCAACGAAUACUACGGAAUCAAUAGAUACUUCUACUAUUUUAAAUAAUGGAUCUGUGAAAAGUAACAAUAUUGUUGUUUCAAACAAAACCAUAAGUUAUACACCACUUCAAGUAAUGCAGAAUAAAGUAAACUCCAAUUCGUUAAUUGUACAAAAUGAAGCGAUUGAUCUCGUGAAUUUGCCAAAAAAUAAUCAAGAAUAUAAAUUAAAGGCAUUAAAAAGACAACAAAGAAUGAUAAAAAAUAGGGAAUCCGCUUGCCUCUCACGAAAGAAGAAAAAAGAAUAUGUAUCUUCUUUGGAGAAACAAGUAUCCGAGUUGAAGGAAGAGAAUAGACAAUUAAAAUCGGAAAAUACAAUCUUAAAACAGAGACUGUCAGAAAUGGAAAACAAUAUCACAAAUAAUAACAAGCAUAAAAAUUUCAAUUUUAAUCCCUUGAAAAAGAAAAUAAAGGGAAGUGCCGUUAUUCUUUUCGGUAUAAUUUUCAUGGUAUCGUUCAACGUUGACGGCUUUAGGGGAACACUUUCACAAAAUGUACAUUUUAAAACUGAAUCUGAUAGUUUAUCAGUAUCUAUAGCAAAGGAUAAACAUAACAGAAGAUUGUUCUGGACGGUAGAUGAAACCGAUAACAAUAUGGAAGAUCGAAUUGAAGAAAGUUUUAAUAAAAGUAUACCGACACAUCAACCGAUAUGUCCAAUGUAUAUUAAUCAGAGUGAGUCCAUACGUUUAGACAGCGAAUUAAGACGUUGGAUCGUUGGUGAAUCUGAUCAAGAUAAUCAGACUGCUCUAAGAAAAACGAAAUUUCAGACAGAUUCGUUAAAUGUAUCGUUGUCGAGAUCGCCAUUAGAAGAAAAAACUAGAAAGAAAUUGUACUUAUCACGAGAUAGGAAAAUAAAAACUAUGCAUAAAAUGAUCGACAUUCCUGCCGUUAAUCAAUAUUCAGAUAAUAAUGCAAUUGAGAUCUUUUCUCCAAUAUUGAGCGAACAUGCUUCUUUAUUUGAAGCUUUAGGAAGAAAAGAUGAUACAUUUUAUGUUGUCUGGUUUAGUGGUGAACAUUUAUUAUUGCCAGCUUCCCGGAAGAAUAAUACAGCUAGACCUAAAAUGUCUUUAGUUCUACCUGCUGUGUCUAUAAACGGUACAUUUUCAACGCCACCUAAUCAUAUAACAAUGAUGCAGAUUGAUUGCGAGGUAACUAAUACGCAACUGCUACAUUUACAACAAUCCAUUAUACCUGUCCAUUUACGAAACAGUAAACCUAUGAGUCAAUCGAAUCAAUCUCAUUCUGUUGAGGAUAUAGACAAUCCAUCUGCAGAUAAUAUCACUAGAAAUUACAAACCGUACUUUUUGAAAGAAGCUAAUAGAAAACAUCGGUAUAGAAAACACUUUAUGUAAUGAUCACAUAAAUAAAAAAAUUAGAAAUUUUGACAUUUUGUGUAAUAAGAAAU